AGUUUUUAAGCAUUAUUUCUACCAUUCACAUUGGUUGCUAAGGGUAUUUUGAUAGUUUUAGCAACAAGGAAUAUUGGUUUCCGGUUUCUCUUGUGUGGAAUAAACAACAAAGAUGACGACACGACCAGACCUCGGGAUGGAUAUGAUAACAAAAAGACCAAGGACCCCUAGGGAUCCUUACACAACACUUACAGAGACACAAAAGAAGAACAUCCCUAAGGACCCUGGAGCAUUUUUCAUGACAAGCCGACCAGAGAGGGCAUACCCAGACAAGGGCUGGUACCGAGACCGAUAUGCAACAAAUACAAACCAAUACUUGCUCAGGGGCCCGCCCACAACACACCCAUUCUGUUGGAUUGAUUCACAGUGGCAGAGAGACCCACCAGAGCAGUAUAACACAGCUAGAUUAGGGGGAACUGAGAGAUGGGGUCCAGAUAAAGUUGGAUCAAGAACUGUGCAGCACUUUAACAAAUCAGAAGACUCAAAGAGAUUUACAAAACCGGAAGUCUACCGCCGACAUCCGACGAACCUUCCCGGCGAUGUUUGGAUGGAUUAUGGAAGGCCAACAGAAGGAUAUUAUGCCCAAAGAAAUCCAAACUCACAGACAUGGUUCGGAUCAAGUGUUCCUCUAAAUCGAACAACUGUAUUACAAGACAUACGUCCGAAAACACGUGCAGAGUAUGAACAACAGCGCGAGGCACGUGCGGCAGACAUGUUGAAACGUCAGACUCAGUGGCCAGCAUACAGCGAGUACACUGACAGAACGCUCCUCAGAACACGGGUAGAUCCCGUUAUAAACACACACUGGAAAAUGAUCAUGUGCUAACAACAAGGAAGAAGUAUCUUGAAGAGGCUGCUCUCUUUGCCUAAACUUCCGGAACGUUCGCACCAUUAUACCGAUUCAGCAUUACCUGAUGACGUCACACUGAUUGUGUCAUAAAGAUACUCACGGAAAAAUCGUGCAAAUUUUAUGACGAAAACAAGGCAAAUUUUGCUGUGUUUAUUUUCAUACUAUUAACAUGCCUCCGUAAAAUUAAAAUACAGGUUCUUCUAAAAAGACAUACUCGUCUUUCGGAAGACAACGCCUUUUCUUAUUUGAAAUGCGACGUAAUUGCUGUUAAAGGUUAACACUUCCCCAACCAUUUGUAAACGUUGUUAAAGGUGAACACUUCCCCAACCAUUUGUAAACGUUGUUAAAGGUGAACACUUCCCCAACCAUUUGUAAACGUAACCGGUGGUAUUAUUAGUGCUUACUUUUAGUUAAUCAUUAAAAUAUCUCGAGAAUAAAUUAGUGAUUAGUUGAUUAUUGAAUACUCUUUAGAUUACUCUUAAAGUAAAUGUAACUUUAUGAUUUAUUACCUGCUGUAUUACAUAGAAUAACGAAUCAUGCAAAUGCAUGUAGACAGGAAAAUCAUUUGAUUUAUUCAUUCAGUAACAAUGGCAUGCACUGCCUACUUCAUCGACUUUUAACAGGGCGAUUCUCGUAAUUCUGUCAUAUUUACUUUUUUUAUUUCCAUUUGCAUUCUGAACUUGUAAAUUCUGUUUAUUUUUUUUUAAGAAGCAGUCGUCUUUUAGCGUAAAUUGUAAGAAUCAGUAUUGUAUAAAUUCAAAUCAAAAUUUGUAAAUGUAUUACGUUUGUUGUGAAGUAUUUCAAAAUGACCAAUGUAAACAUAUUUCAAAUGUUACGAAUAAAUUCAUUUUUUUUGUA